AUGACAAUAAAAAUUUCCACAGAAAUAUUGAUUAUGAUUUUAAAUAAUGUUCAAUCAACUCAAGAUUUAUAUUCAUCAUUAUUAGUUAAUCGAAUCUGGUGUAAAGUUGCUAUACCAAUACUUUGGGAAUUACCUUUCGGUCAAGAAUGUAUAAAUUAUACGAAAGCAUUAUGUAUUCGAACUUAUAUAUCAUGUAUGGAUACUCAAGCUAGAAAUUUACUUAUUCAGAAAGGAUUUGAUUUAUCAUCAUCACCACCUCAAGCCACUUUUGAUUAUCCGUCGUUCACUCAUAAAUUUAUAAUUAAUAAUUUAGCUUAUUUUAUUUCUAUCUAUUCACGAAAUUUUAUUGGUCCUUAUCAAGAUAGUAAUCCGAGAAUAUUAUUUCGUGAGAUGUGUAAAUUAAUAAUAGAACGUUGUAUAUUUUUGGAUUCUUUUGAGAUGACUGGAACCAUAUUUUUUUUUCAUGAUUUUCAAAACUAUAGUGAUUCAAUUGGUUCAAUUUUCAAGUUACCUAGUGCUCCGAAAGCAUUUAAGAAAUUAGAAAGUUUUACUUCGACUAUAGGAGAUUACGAACUUAUUCGUCCAUUAUAUGAUUCAUUGGCAUUAAUUUGCGAUAAUAUUUUAAACAUGGAUUCGACUUUGUUCUCAUAUUCUCAAGCGCAAUUAUUUGCGAAACUUAUUAGUGCUCAAAAACGUUUAAAAAAUCUAUCAAUUGUUUCUUAUCUUAAUCUAGAUUGUAAUUCAUUAUUAUGGGCUAUCAUUAGUCAAAAGGAAAAAUUAAAGAGUCUUCGUUUAAGAUCAGUAAACUUUUAUCAAUUCGAGCGGAAAUCAGCACCAAUUGGACAAUUUAUAUCACUUCAAGAGCUUCAUAUCGUUAAUUGUUAUGGAUUACGUAGCUCGAAUUGUUUAUUCUUGGCUUCAUCAUUUACUCAAUUAAGUAGUUUUCAUUAUUUUUAUUCGAGAUAUUCGGAUGAUGCGCAUCAUCAAGAAUUUAUUAUAAAAAUUCUCGAAACAGCCAAUGCAAAUUUAAAAAAUAUUUGCUUGGAUUUAUAUUCCGCAAUUACAAUUAAAAUAUUUUCAGCAAUUUUAAAUUAUUGUACAAAGAUUACCGAAUUAACUUUAUAUAAUUUAAGUCUCGAACAAGUAAUCACAAUUUUUAAUAAUAAUUUUAAUGAACUAAAAAUAUUUUCAUUUGGCUAUCGAGAAGAAGAAAUUGAUGCUAAUGAAUUAUUAUACAAAAUGGGUAAAAAUGUGCCAGAAUCACUUGAGACUAUUAAAAUUAGAAUGGGGAUAUUUAGUGCUGAUAGUUUAAGAAAAUUUUUUGAAGGGUGGUGUUGCAAAGGAAGAAGAGGAAACAAAAAGAUUAUUGUAAAACGUUCAGAACAAGCGCGACUAUUUUCAUUAAAUAAUGAACAUUUUAAAGUUAUUGAAGAAUAUGGUGUGGAGUUCAAUUUGAUAUAG